GAUACAUCACAUCUCACAUCUCACUGCAGUGCUGAGGGAGUUUGGAGAACAACGUACAGAUUAUUAGGAUGUGUAGAAACUCACCGUAAGGUAGAAACAGCAAAAUAGAGAUGGACAGAAGACACAGAGUGUUGCUGCUGCUGCUCAGCUUUGCUUCUCUUCUGGCUUGUGCCCACUGUCAGUGUCAGCAGGGCUGGAGGGAGUAUGAGAAUAAAUGUUACUUCUUUUCGUCUGAUACAAAGACAUGGCUGGAUGCUCAGGCCUUCUGUUUGGAGCAAAACAGCAACCUGAUGAGCAUUCAGGACAUCCACGAGAGGCUGUGGAUAAGGACACAAAUCAGCUCAGACAUCUACUGGAUCGGCCUGAAUGAUCGAGCUGUGGAGGGUGUUUGGGAGUGGGCAGAUGGAGAUCCUUUUAUUGAAGCCUUAUCAUACUGGGCUGCAGGUCAGCCUGAUAACUAUGGAGCUGAACCAGGUGAGGACUGUGGUCAGGUGUUGGGAGAAAACAAUGGACUCUGGAAUGAUGAGAACUGCAGCAUCAGGAGGAAAUACAUCUGCAAGCAUGUUAACUCAAACCCUGCCCCACAGUGUGACUUAACCAACGGCUGGAGACAAUACGGCUCCAACUGCUACAAGCUGCAGGCAGAAAACAGGAAGAGCUGGUCUGAUGCCAGACAUGACUGCGUACGGCAUGGAGGAGACCUGGUGUCCAUCACCUCAGCAGCAGAGGAGCAGUUUGUGACUGCAACAGUGGACUCGUCACAAAUCGACCUCUGGAUCGGACUGUCCACACUGAAAUGCAACAAGAUUGGAUGCCAGGUUGAAGCAGGAAACACUCAGUGGGCCUGGUCUGAUACCACACAAGUGGGUUAUUUAAACUGGGGCACAGGAGAACCUACAGUUGAUGCUCAGAGCGGCUCGUGCUCUGCAAUAAUCAAAGAUGCAACAGAUGAAUUUGGAAAAUGGAAAUCUCAUAUCUGCAGAUAUGAGCGACCCUACAUGUGCAAACGGCCCCUGAACACGAUCUGUCCCACCGGCUGGCUGAGCUUCUCCGGCAGUUGUUACUGGGUGGUCAGUAAUAUUAACCUGUUGACCACCUGGCAUGAUGCUGUCCUCAAGUGUGAUGGCAUGGGAGCCCACCUGCUCUACAUUAAUAAUCAGGAAGAACAGUACUUCAUUAAUGGGAAGCUUCCAGACUUUCACCAAGUAGACAUCCCAGACAUCUGGCUCGGUUUAUCAGAUAAAGACGAUGAUGGAACCUUCCGAUGGUUUGAUAAAACAGACAUCACGUUCUCCAACUAUGGUCCUGGUUGGCCUAGAAACACGGAGGACGUCUGGGACUGUGGACAAAUCUUCACAGGAAAUUAUCAAGGCAAAUGGGAAACAACGAACUGCUUCAAGAGACUGGGCUACAUUUGUGAGCUAACAGGUGGACAGAACAUUAAACCCACUCCAGCUCCAGACUCUCACUGUGACACUGGAUAUUUGCUAUAUAAGGACUUCUGCUAUCAGUUUGAGACUGAAACUGUGAAAAGCUGGCAGGAUGCACAAGCCCACUGCGUCCAAGAGGGUGCUAACCUAGUCAGCAUUCACGACGAGGAAGAACUGAGUUUUAUAGUCGCUCACAUGCCGGCACAGGCCUGGAUUGGUUAUAAUGACAUUAAUGUUGAAGGCACCUGGGUAAACAUCGAUGGGAGUGAUGCAGACUUCGAGCUGUGGGCACCCAGCCAGCCCGACAACUGGCAGAAUAAUGAGGACUGUGCUCAUAUCAGAGGGCCGGGUCACUCUGAAGCUGGAAAAUAUAAUGAUGAUUUCUGUACCGCUACAAAGGAAUUCAUCUGCAAAAAAGCCAAGGGACAAGGACCUCCUCCACAGCCACCAACAUCUGGACCAGGAUGGAAUGUUAAAUGUGGUUCCUGGAUGGCCGACCCUUUUAACGACUACUGCUACCUGUUCAACUACCUGUCCAUGAGGACGUGGGCGGAGGCUCGAGCCGACUGUCUAAACCAGGGUGGAGACCUCCUCAGUAUCACAGAUCCCUUUGAGCAGGCCUUCGUACAAGGUGUGAUCCAGCUGAGUCCAACAGGGAUCGCUCUGUGGAUGGGCGGUCAUGACUCAGUCACUGAGGGCGGCUGGGAGUGGAGUGAUGGCUCUCCUUUCAGAUAUAUUCGCUGGAAUGCAGGUAACCCUGAUGACUAUUACGGUGAAGACUGUCUCUCUAUACUCAUCAACAACGGCUACUGGAAUGAUGACAACUGUGAGUACAAGAGAGGAUACGUCUGCAAGCGGAAAGGAGAAACUCCCGAGCCUCCCCCACCUCAUGAUGGUUAUAUGACAGCUCUGGUGUGCGACGGCUCUACAGCUGUUCUUCACUGUCCUCAGGAAAGCGUCAUCAACAUAAAGUCUGCUUUCUAUGGACGGCAGAGCGCUGAAAUCUGCCCGUUUCUGGGUGGGGGAACAGGAAGCUGCACCGUGGAGGGAGUCCUUCCUAUCUUCAGAAAGUUGUGUGACAAUAAACCUUUCUGCUUCGUGUACCCACCUGAGACCGACUCCUGUCCAGAUGUUUCUAAAUAUCUCGAGAUUGUCUACACUUGUGAACAAAAAGUGUGUUUGCAUGGCCUGGGCAUCGAGGACAGAAACAUCUCAGACUCUCAGCUCAUUGCCUCCUCCUCGAAGAGUGGAUUCGCUCCCAGCCAAGCUCGUCUGAAUGGAAACUCUUGCUGGAGACCUUCAGGAAGUGUAACUUCAAGCUGGAUCCAGGUGAACUUAGGCGAGCCCAGAAAAAUCACAGGAAUAGUAAUCCAGGGUUGUCCUCAGUAUGACUACUGGGUCACCAAAUAUAAGAUCCAGCACAGCUCGGAUGGCACAACCUGGACUGACCACACUGCCGAUGGGGAGUUUUUCCUGGGUGCAACAGACAGAACCACUCCUGAGACUCAGCUGAUUGGAUCACCUAUGGCAGCUCAGUAUGUACGCAUCCUUCCUCUGGAGGUCAACGGUCAGGCAGGCCUUCGCUUUGAAGUCUUGGGAUGCACACCAGACUAUGCUAUCUCAUGUGCAAGCUGGCCAAACUUCAACUUUGCCAAUGAGAAAAUUACAGUUCACUGUCCAGCCCGCUGUGCUGAUAGUUAUUACCGUGUGUUUGGCACUUCAACCUAUCGAGGGGAUUCAAACACCUGUGCUGCAGCCAUCCACGCUGGAGUGAUACUCAAUGAAAAUGGAGGAGACUGUACUCUGCUGAAACAGGAUGGACAGGACUUCUAUGCUGGCUCCACCAGGAAUGGCAUUGUCUCCCAACAAUUUGAUGGAAACUAUGCUGUCUCCUACACUUUUGCUGAUGGAGAGCUGAGGUGUUCAGGGCCCGACUGGUAUGAGUUUGGAGAGUUCUGCUACAAACCUUUUGAUGACAAGAAGUCUUGGAGAGAUGCCCAGACUACCUGCAGGAGCAUGGGCGCUGAGCUUGUAUCCAUUCUAUCAAUGACAGAGCAGAUGUGGCUGGAAAGCUACUUGUACUUAGCCACCAGUGACGUAUGGACCGGUCUGAAUGACCUGGUUGUACCUGGUAUGUUUACCUGGUCAGAUGAACACUUGACCACUUUUACCUACUGGGCUCCAGGGGAACCAAACAACCACGAUGGAUUCAGUGAGGACUGUGUGGAGAUGUUACACCAGACUGGGCGAUGGAACGACGUAUCCUGCACAGAACUUAAUACCUACAUUUGCAAAAUGCCCAAAGCUCAUUACCCACUGCCCUCUGUGAAACCUACUGCAUAUGGAUGCCCUCAGGGCUGGGAUGCCUACGGUUAUGCCUGCUACUGGAUGGAAGUGGGCGGAAGGACCUGGACUGAAGCUAAGGCAUUCUGUGAAGAUCAGGACGCCUUCCUGGCGCACAUCGGAGACAUUUACGAGCAGGCUCAUUUUACAGUGGCACUGACUGGACAGACCGGCAUGUGGUGGAUCGGCCUCCAUGCUGCAGGCCAAGGUGGAGGAGUUGACUACAUAUGGGACAAUGGUUUACCUCUGACCUUCACUCACUGGGACAGAGAUCAGCCAGAUGAUGGGGAUGGCUCAUGUGUGGCCAUGACAACUGGGGCUGUUGGAGGUUUCUGGGAUGACAAGCCGUGUACAGAGAAGUACUCCUUCAUCUGUGAGAAACCCAGACCAGACAUAACCCCACCCCCGAAACCCCCUACUGCGCCACCUGCACAGGGCUGCGCAGUUGACUGGACGUCUCAGCCUCAUUUCAGACACUGUUUUAAGCUCUUCCACAAUGUAAAAUGGUCCCAAAAGAAGAGCUGGGAGAGAGCAAACGAAGACUGCAUCUCCAGAGGAGCCAGCCUGGUCAGCAUCCACACUCAGGAGGAGGAGGAGUUCCUGUCUACGUACACUAAAGGAACCAGCAAGUGGAUUGGCCUCAAACACAACUCCUUAGAAGGAGGCUAUUCCUGGAGCGAUGGCACCCCACUGUCCCACACAAACUGGGGCCAUGGGGAACCAAAUGACCACGAGGGCCGUGAGGAGUGUGUGGAGAUGGUGAGCUCCACUAAUGGGACCUACUCCUGGUGGAACGAUCUCAACUGUGAUGCUCACCAGGACUGGAUCUGCAAGAUUGUUAAAGGACAAACCCCUAUAUUGCCCCCAGUUCCCCCAUCUCCUGAACCAGCUCCUGAUUGUGGUUCAAACCCUGGCUGGAGAAAGAACAACAACAUGUGCUACUACUACAACGACACCGACAUCGUCGACUUCUACACUGCAAUUCUACGCUGCUACGCUGAGAAGGCUUUACUCGUCUCAAUCCACAGCAAAGAAGAACAGGCAUUUGUUAACAGCAUGGUGGGGACAGGUGAUGUCGCUGCAGCAUGGAUUGGGAUGGCCAUGUCUGGCAUUGCAAGUGGACAAUAUGUGUGGGUGGAUUUCUCCCCUGUGACAUACACUCACUGGGGUCCAGGUGAGCCCAACAAUGCCAACGGAGAGGAACAGUGUGUACAGAUGAACAGACAUCAAGGUGGAUGGAACGAUGCCAACUGUGGCCGAGCCGUAGCAGGUUACGUUUGUAAGAAGUACCCUGGAGACGUCCACACCCCUCCUCCACCCACACAGCCAUGGGAGGGCAACUGCCCCGAAGGUUGGCUUCGCUUUGGGAGUAAGUGCUUCUUGUUCAAAGGAAAGAAAGACGAAAUUAAACUUGGCUGGGGCGAAGCUCGAGAUUGGUGCAAGGAACAAGGAGGAGACCUCGCUGUUAUUGAUACCCAGUAUGAGAACGACUUUGUAGCGAGUUACCUGAAAGACCUGGAGCUCCCCACGUGGAUUGGCCUUUCAGAUACGCUGCUGGAGAAUCAGUACGCAUGGGCUGAUGGGAGCUCAGUGCGCUACACUAACUGGAACGACAAGGAACCAAACAAUGCGGGAGGAGCGGAGCAUUGUGCGGCAUUAACUCACAACCACCUGGUUACUGGCAGGUGGAACGAUGACGCCUGUCAUAAGAAUCACAGCUUCGUCUGCUACAGGAAGAAAUCCAGCAGCUUUGACCCACCCCCAACCAAGAACCCCUGCCCGGAUGGUUAUAUCUCCUGGUACGCAAACUGCUACAAGCUGGUGGAGGAGGAGGCAACGUGGGAUGCAGCUCAGGAAGCGUGUGAGAAGCAGAAAGGGAAUCUGGCCAGCAUUGAUAUGAGCUACGACCAGGCCUUUGUCGCUGGAGCGGUGCUGCAGGGCAAAGGAGACGCAUGGAUUGGACUCAGACGCAAGGGUGACACUUACACUUGGACAGAUGGAUGGCCAGUGUUCUUCACUCAGUGGGGACCAGGAGAACCCAGCAACAUAAAGGAUGAGGGCUGUGUCAGUAUGCACGGUGAACGCUUCUUCCACGGGACCUGGAACGACACCAAGUGCAGCCUAACUAAACCCUACAUCUGCAAGAUUUCCAAGGAGAAACCCCCACCAACUCCAGCCCCUGGUGAUGGGAAGUGUCUGCCAUUCUGGAUACCGUACGGCCGCUACUGUUACACCGUGUACAACGAGCAGCAGGGCUUCUCUUGGCCGGACUCCCGUCACUACUGCCAGAGCAUCAGAGGGGGAGAUCUGGCGUCCAUCCACAGCAGAGCAGAGGUGGAGUUCAUCAGAAACCUCAACCACACCAAAUACCACAAUCUCUGGAUCGGCCUCACCAGGGACAACAACUUCGGCUGGGGCUGGACGGACAAGACGUCUGUUAGCUUCCUGAACUGGGCACAGGGAGAGCCGAAUGCAGCCUUUCACCACGGAGAAGUGGCUGAAGAGAACUGUGUGGAGAUGUAUGCAGAUGGACACUGGAAUGACAACAACUGUCUGCAAAAGAGAGGUUUUGUGUGCAAACAUCGACAGUUCUAUACAACAGAUGAAAACGGUCCUGUUUUUCCCACUGAUGGCCCCGGUGGAAGCAAUGGAGGAGUCAUAGCCGGUGGCAUCAUUGGAGCCAUUGUUGUUUUCACCUUGAUUAUUGGACUUUUGUACUACGUCUUUAGCGUGCGUGGUUAUAAACUGAGCAGCGUAAGUCUGCCAACUAAAGCAUCCAGUCAUGUUGAUGUGCCCGCCUUCACCAACCCAAACUUUGCAGGAGAAUCAGACACGUAAAGCAUCACUCAAGUUUUGUACAGUUCUUCAAAUUUAAUGUUUUUUUUUUUUAAAGAAUCAGUGAUAUUGUAGUUUUUACAGCCUCAGAGGUUCUACAAAAUUCUUAUCUAUUGUAUAUACUGUGAUAUACAAAUUAAAUAAAUGAUGUUAAAGCCUAAAGCCUUGAUUUCAACUGAAAACAGUAAUGUUUUGUUGUGUUUUGGCUGUUCGUCUACAUAAUAAUGGCAUUUCAAAUGCCUGAAAAUGUCCCAAAGUGUAAACUUUAUAAAAUGCAACUAUUUCCUUUGUUGUGUAAAAUGGCAAUGCAAAGUUACUUCUGAGCCCAGAGACUUUUAGCACACAUACAUCAUGUUUCCAGUUAAUAGUCAUGUGCAAAUUAGUGGACUAAAAAAUUAUGGCAGA